CCUGCUUUCGCAGCGAGCACCACCCAAUAGCAGACGCUUCUCGCCGCAGAGCACUUGUUUGCUAGUAAUCUGCAGCCAACGCCACUCACUCGAGCGAUAGCCCCGGCCAUCUAUCCACUAGAGUCACUGACCAGUCAGCUCGAGUAGGUUACACAUCUAAAAACCCAAGCUGCAGUGUAGUUUCCACGCACGACGCGCGCGCGCCUCGACGUACGUACGCUCAUCUCCCAUAUCGCCACCUGAUACACACAUCCCCCCGUCGAUCGGAUCGUCACGCAGAUCGAUCGAUCAAACACGACCGCGACGCCGAGGGACAGAGAGGAGAUGGGCGCCCUGGCAGCGUCGAUCGCGUCGAACGUGACGUCGGGGCUGCUGAGCGCGGGGCUGUCGUCGCUGGCGGCACUGGCGAACCCCGGCGAGAUCAUCCGGCGGGCGUCGCGGCUGGAGGACGAGUUCAAGGAGCUGCUCCGCCUCCACGCGGGGUCGGCGCCGGAGCAGGGCGCGGGCGGGCAGCAGACGAAGGAGAGGUUCCUGCGCGCGUACGAGCGGCUCAAGAGCGAGCUGCUCAACGACCGCGCCUUCAACUUCGACUUCACCGAGGAGACCAGGCAGUGGGUCGCCAAGAUGCUAGACUACAACGUGCCUGGAGGUAAAUUGAACCGUGGGCUCUCGGUGAUCGACAGCUACAUGCUGCUCAGGGAAGGAACCGAGGUUGAUGACGAGGACUUCUACCUCGCAUGCGUGCUUGGUUGGUGCGUCGAAUGGCUCCAAGCAUCUGCACUUGUGCUCGACGACAUCACGGACAACGCGUACACGAGGCGCGAUAACCUCUGCUGGUAUAAGCUGCCAACGGUUGGGCUGUCUGCUAUAAACGAUGGUGUCCUGCUGAAGUGCCAUGUCCAAGCCAUCAUCAAGAGAUACUUCAAGGAGAAGUUCUAUUUUCUAGACCUCAUGGAACUGUGGAACGAGAUAGGCUUGCAGACUGCCAUGGGGCAGAUGCUGGAUCUCAUCACUACUCAUACUGGUGCGAAGGAUCUUGCGAGAUACAGAAUUCAAGGGUACCGCCGCAUAGUCAAGUACAAGACAUCCUACUAUUCCUUUUACCUGCCGGUUGCAUGUGCGUUGCUCUUGAAUGGGGCGAAACUAAGCGACUACCUUGAGCUGAAAAACGUACUCAUCGAAAUGGGAGUAUAUUUUCAGGUCCAGGAUGACUACCUGGAUUGCUUUGGUGACCCUGAAGUGAUUGGCAAGGUUGGAACGGACAUAGAAGAUUACAAGUGUUCAUGGCUGAUUGUCCAAGCUAUGGAACUGGCUAAUGAGAACGAGAUGAAAAUAUUAUAUGAGAACUAUGGCAAGUCUGACCCAGAAUGUGUGGCAGCAGUGAAGAAUGUGUACAAGGAGCUUGAUCUUCAGGACAUAUUUUUGGAGUACGAGUCACGAGUUUACAAGCACCUGAUUUCUACCAUUGACGCCGAACCGGACCGCGCAAUUCGGGCGAUUCUGAAGUCCUUCUUGAAGAAAAUUUACAGGAGGAAGAAGUAGACGAUGUUUUCUCCUGUUCUGUGCUUGACUACGAGGUCAACCUGAAGAGCAUUUCAAGGUUUGGGGUGUGAUGAGCAGCUCCACUCCGCUGUAUAACAUAUUGCCAUGUACGUAUGGUUCGUUCCCGCCAAAUGAAAGGACUAAUAUAUGUAAGGUCUAGACUGUGAGAGUCACAAGAAGAUAUGUGACUUAAUGAAAUACUUAUGCAAUAACAAAAUACCACAAAGUACGCGAUGAA